GUUUGAAAGAAACUGUAAACUAGUACCAAUACCAGCGCAAAAACAGAAAUAGACAAAAUACAAUCAACAAAUCAACAAAAAAUUUCAAAACUAAUUGGGAUCACAGCUAUUAUUGAAAGUGAAUGUGCUUAUAAACACUCUCCAAAACCACCAGCCUCCGGCAACUAAAAUUCCUUGUGCUGUUCUCUGACUUUACCUCUGAUUUAUCCACUUCCUUGAAAGGAUGACUCUGCCCCGCUUAGAAACUCCGCUCAGGCGGUCCGCGGUUGGUCAGGAGGGGGUGUCCCGCAUGCUAACCCCCUUUAACGACGACGAGGCGGAAAGGCGGGAAGCCCGACGUCGCACGCUUCUGCAGCAGCAUCACCGGUCGAGCACUCUGGAGUCCAUCGAGGAUAAUGAGACCAUCAAGAACUGCUUGGAGCUCUACAAUGGCAACAAAGUGAGCAAGGACAACGCCUGGAACCUGAUGCUCAUCGAUUCGUUGGCCAAUCUGCUGGAUCACCAUCACAAGCGCAUGAGCAACUUCAAGAUGGCUGGUUCCUCUUUAGAAGCCUCGUCCAAGGUUUACGGCCUGCGUGUGGACUCCAUCUACUUGGACGCCAUGCGCAUUUCAGCUGGCUUGAGUGCUCGAACUCUUACGGAUAAGCAAAUAAAUGCUGCCGAGGAUGAUGAUGGACCCCAAGGCGAACAGGCUACUGGCGAGGGACAGGACUCAGCGCAACAGGCAUCAAAAGAAGCAGCACCGAAGCCCAAACGUCAAAAGAAGCCCAUAUCCACCGUGACCAAAAACAGAGAUACGCUGAACAGCCGGCUGGAUACGGCUCCCUUGCAGGAUCCUGUGUUUGGCAAGCUGAACUCCACUGUGGGCUCCAUAAAUGCUUCCAAUCGUCUGAUGCACAACAUUCUUCCUAGUUUCGACUCUGAAUUGCGCUUGCGUACCACCUACAAUUUUUGGGACAGUGAAGGGUCCACCGAGGAGGUCCAGGACCACACUACGCUCAAUGCAGAAAUGGAACAAUGGCCAGCCGAAUCACUUAUGAGCACCAAUCUUAUGCGCAAACUUCUGCCACAUGCUGAAAGAUCAAAUCUGCGACCGCUGCACACGGGCUACAUCAUCACGAGUGCGCCUAAUCCCAAGACGGCCAAUGAAAAGCCAGCGGAGGCAGUGCAGGAUGAAGAUCAUGACGAGGGUCUGGAUAAUGGCGACGAUAUGUGUGUAAAUGAGAUUUCCAUGGCCUUUGACAUCAAUGCCGAGUGUGAGCCCAUGCCGGACCUGGAUGGACCACCGCCUCUGGUUCUGGAAGUGGACUCCAAUGAGCUGGAAGAGCUCACUGCCGAGGAGCAAAUGGUGAUCAACAAUUGCCGCCGGCUGCGUAAGCAGACAGAGUUCAUUGAGGAUUUGCGACCGGUAGACGGGAAUUCCAAGCUAGAGUACUCCUACAGGCCGAUGGAUCAGAUCUCCCAGUUUUGGGCCGGCCCCUCGCACUGGAAGUUCAAGCGGACGCGCCCGCGCAGCACUUUCUCGCAGACCAAUGGCCAGGUGGACACCCAGCCUAUUCGCACUCAACGAGCCAAGAAGUCAACGCAUCUAAACGCCAACCGAAGAGCCAAGGCUUUAGACUAUGGCAAUGUGACGGAAAACUUCUUCCAACAGCUGGACACCACCAUAAGGCAGCGCAAGGCGAAUUUCCAAAAGAAGUGGGAUCCCCGAAAGCUGAUAUUGCCCACCAAGUUCGAAUUGGACCCGGAUCUUUUCUUCAAAUACGAAUCCGCUCCCAGCAUAAAGUUGUCGAAACGCGCAGGUGAACCUGAUUCGGAUGAGGGUGGAGACCUUGGCAUCGAUAUGGAUGUGGAUAUGCACCACGAUGAUGACAAUGACCAGGAGGAGCUAUUCAACAACGAGCAUUUUACCGACGCCGUUCCCGCCAACGUGAGCGUUAUUGCCGCGAUUGCCGCGGAGCAAGCGGCCGAGGCAAGCAUGGCCGCGGGUGAGAUUGGCCUCACCCAGAUGAACGCCACUUGCAACAACACACUCUUCGAGAUCGGCACCGAGUUCGAGGGUGCGCCGUCGCAGGUUGCCAAAGUGGUUGUUCCAUUCGCGAAGAGAGCCAAGGUGAUAGACAUGAAGAAUCUGAAAAAGUCCUGCAACUCUCUAAUACAGAAACAACUGCUAAACGCUGUGCCGGAGGAGACGAUACCCUCGCAUCCCAAGAAAAAGAGUGAACACUAUUCAAAGGGUUUCGCGAGUUUUCAGCAGGUGUAUCAGAAGCUGCCCAACCUUUUGACGACCAAAAUGGCAGACUCGCUUUCCCCGUCGGUGGCAUUCUAUGCGGUUCUGCAUUUGGCCAACGACUUGAAACUGCGGCUAAUUCCGCAGGAAGAUUUAGAGGACUUUCAAAUACGCCAGGUGUUGGAUUGAAUUCCUUUGAUUAUUUUUCAGUUCUUAGUUCUAGUUGCCCUUAAAUGCUGUUACAAUUUAUUCACACGGCUACUCCUUAAUCUCUUACCUGUAUUUUUAACUCCCAAUUCGUAUCAGUAUUCUGAAACAAAUACCCCCACCCCAGUCGAAUUUUAUAUACAAACGAAGCAUUGUUCUGAUUUAAACACUAGUUAGUAAACAAUAAAUUAGGAAAUAUCUAAGAUACUAA